UGGGCUACACGAGUACACAGCUCAGGGUAAUCCAGACAAACAGCUCGCAGCAACCAGCGAAGGCCUCGCUGAGUCUUCCUGUCCGACCAGCGUCGCAGGUCCAUUAAGGCUGAACAAGGCUCCUGAGAGAGAGAGGACAAAGCAGGUCAGCAAGAACCUCCUUGACCUCCUUGAUCCUCUGCCGGUCGCUGGAGUCCACCACGAAGAUGAUCCCGUGGGCCUCUCCGCAGAGCUCCUUCCAGGCUCCUCUGGACUCCGCUGACCCCCCCACGUCCAUCAAGGUCACCAGGUAGUUCUCCACUCUCAGCUCACUUCGGACGCAGCCCUGGGUGGGUCCCGCUUCCACAGCAUGGGGGACUGAAAAGGAUAGGAAGUAAAACACAGGCGGCCGCCCCCUCGUUUCCGGUCUGCUCCUCGUGUCUUUGACUUGACGCAGCUGUUGAGCUUUUGACAUCGCAUCACAAAAAGGGCUGAAAACACGAAGCUGCCAGCAGCUUCACCACAACAGACCGACACGGAGACACACAGACUCUACAGCUGGGCGGAACCGGCGUGUUUUUAACCUAAAAGAACGACUUUAAAGGAACUAAUGAAGUCUGAGUCUGGACGAUGAUCUCCUGGUUGAAUAUCUUCAUGACGAGGCUGAACUUUACCGAGUCGGUGCAGCAGCAGCAGGAGGAGAAGGAGGAGAAGGAGAGCUGGUGUCACUGCUGCAGACAGUGAGGUGGUUUCCUCCGCAUUAAAACAGACUGGUAACGACACGUACCACGGUUAUAUAGGAGGUUAUAGGAGGUUAUAGCAGACAGCAGCGUGUUGUUUAUAGCAGUCCAGCAGGCAGCAGCUUUCUUGUUUAUAGUAGACAGCAUCUUUGUUGUGAUGUGAAGCCAGAGAUGAUCAACUUGAAGGAAAGUUGGGUGAGACGGCGCAUCAAGAGAAAGUGAUGUUUCUGCAGCAUUAAGGCGAGUUUAGUUAAUGCAUAAACCCUCUCUUGAUUUAAAGUUAUACUAGUUUAAUGUAAUCAAGAGAAAGUGAUGUUUCUGCAGCGUUAAGACGACUCUAGUUAAUGCAUAAACCCUCUCUUGAUUUAAAGUUAUACUAGUUUAAUGUGUGAGGUGACCAACUUGAAGGAAAGUUGGGUUAGACGGUGCAUCAAGAAAGUGAUGUUUCUGCAGCAUUAAGACGAGUUUAGUUAAUGCAUAAACCCUCUCUCUAACUGAAGUUAUACUAGUUUAAUGUGUGAGGUGACCAUGGAGGAGCAGGAGAGGGAGAUCUCCGACCUGGACCCUCAGGAGACCUCCUCCACGAUGCAUGUGGUGCAGGAGAACGGAGUGAUGCUGGUGGUGAAUCACAGCCGGAUCCAGCCUCCCUUCAGCGUGCUGCUGGCCACCAUCAUCUACUGCGCGGAGUUCAUCACGGCGGCGGUGCUCUGCACCAUGUACCACAAGACCGACGACGUCAUCUGGAUGAGCUUCACCAUCAUCUUCAUGCUGCUGCCGGCCGUGCUCAUCCAGCUGGCCCUCACCUUCAUCCACAGAGACCUGGGUCGGGACCGGCCCCUGGUGCUGUUCCUGCACCUGCUGCUGCUGGGGCCUGUCAUCAGGUGUUUCGAGGCUCUGGUGGUCUACUUCAAGGCCGGUAAGAAGAAGGAGCCGUACGUCACCAUCUCCAGGAAGAUCAAUCUGAAGAAGGGACAGGAGACGCAGAUGGAGUGGGAAAUCGGCCAAUCGGAGCGCAACCUGGCCACUCACAGGAACGCCUUCAAACGCACGGCGGUCAUCCAGGCCUUUCUGGGCUCCGCGCCUCAACUGACGCUCCAGUUGUACGCCACCAUCCAGGAGAAGUACUUCCUCCCUGCGAGAUUGGCUCUGAUGAUCAUCACGCUGAUCUCCAUCACAUAUGGGGCUCUGGUCUGCAGCGUCCUGGCCAUCCAGAUCAGAUACGAUGACUACAAGAUCCGCCUGCGCCCUUUGGCCUACCUGUGCAUGAUCGUGUGGCGAGUCCUGGAGAUCGCCACCCGGAUCACCGCUCUGGUCCUCUUCAGCACGGCGCUCACCCACUGGAUAAUCCUCGUCAGCAUGGGCAGCCUGCUCUUCUUCUUCUUCCACCCUUGGGUAGAGUUCUGGGCCCGGAAAGGCUCGCUGAAGGAGAGCAUGGAGAAGAACUACUCUAAGCUGGGCACCACGGUGGUGCUGUGCAUGUUCACGCUGCUCUACGCCUGCAUCAACAUCUUCUGCUGGUCGGCGGUGCAGCUGGACCUCUCCCACCGGGAGCUCAUCGAGAGGAAGCAGCGCUGGGACCGCAUCGCCAUUUACUACAGCGGGCGCUUUGUGGAGAACUUCCUCCUCAUCACGCUCUGGUACUUCUUCAAGUCGGACUUCUACGAGUACGUGUGCGCGCCGCUGCUGGCCGUGCAGCUGCUGAUCUGCUACAGCCUCGCCGUGCUCUUCAUGCUGCUCUUCUACCAGUUCUGCCACCCCUGCAGACGCCUCUUCAAGCACAACGUGCACGACUGCCUGCACUGCGUCUGCUGCCGCCCGGGGAGGAGGGGAACGGGAGGUCGACGGGCGGGGAUGCCGCCCUCUUACUCCACCGCCGCCACCAUGGUGCUGGUGCCGGAGGAGCCGCUGGAGCUGCUGGACCCCCAAAACUCACAACCCCUCGACCUCACCAGCCAGCUGGGAGAGCGGGAGACGGCUAUCGUUGCAGACAUGAUGCAGGCGGCCUGAGGAGGGGGAUUAAAUGAACACGUUCUCUGCAGGCUGCACCGCUAAACUUUGAGUACUUUAACACAAAAUGUGUUUUUGAGUUAGCGGGGUGAUGAGUUAGAGGACAAACCUUUUCUCUUAAGUGCACAAAACUUUACUAAUUCAGUUGUGAGAGGGAUCUUUAUCUUUAGGGGGGUUACGUACACUUGUUGGGGGGCACGACGAGGCCCCGGUGCACCAAAGAAUGUAGCACGUCGAGAUGCACAAAGGCCGCCUUGAGAGAGCGCCAGUGGGUCGUGUUCAGGACGGAGCCAGGUGGGCGGGAAACGUGCCAACAGUGUCUGUGAAAAACUGACCAGGAGGGACAACCCCAGUUUACUUCCUCUCACUCAGGGUUUACAUGCCAUGAACGCCCCAUUUGCACACGUUUGCUGCACUAAACUAAAAAAAAAAAAAGCAGGAGGGUGAUGAAAGGUCAGAAUGUAUCUUCCUCUUAACUUAACAACAUAAACCUGCUGUUACGAAUGCCUGGUAUUGUUCACUGCUCAGUCUGGUUGAUUUAAAAAGGUUUUAGUUUUACAAAAAAGUGCACGAAAAUAUGUCAAAAGUUGGUGAAAUAUUCAUUUGAAAAAGACUUGAUGGAAUAUCACGUGUGGUGUUUAAAGUUAACCUUCCAGCUGAUGAUGAAUUAAUAACCAGACUGACACUGAGUAGUUUAUGUUUGUUGUCUUCGUUCAGUGCCUUCACUACUGUUGUUUUACUUGAAACCUGAAUAAAAUAAUCUAAUGUCCA